UACUGUUUUUUCCCCCUGAUCUUUCUCAUUCUUUUGUGUGCUGGUGGAGGCAGGGGUGGGCAUUUGUGGGUCGAUGUGCUUAUUCUGUUUUUGUUCGCUCCCUGUGCAGGGAGGAGGGAUUUGGGGGUUGAUGUUCAUGCUGCUGUUCUUUUCUUUCUUGGUUUCAUGGCUACCUGGAGAAGAAGAGUUUCAGAGUUGUAUACUUUGAUAAUAAAUGAACCUUUGAACCUUUGAGAUACCAAGAAAGUGCAAUGGAGCGUUGCUCUCACUGUGAUUUCUAAUGCUUGCAAAACAACUUCUGCUCGGGUCUGCCUCGUGGAGAGCCCCCACCCUCACGUUGAUCUCAAACUGGUAUUUUCCCAGAAGACGCGGCGAAACUGGAUGUGACGUCAUCGCAUGCCACUAUAUUUUACAGUUGAUACAACCAAAUUCAAGAUGACAACCCAGCCAAUGGAUUCCAUGGGACAGUGGAAGAUCACUGUCUGGGAGGAGCAAAACUUUCAGGGAAAACACUGUGAGUUCAUGCUGGAAUGUCCCAACAUCAUGGAGCGGGGAUUCAACAAGAUCCGAUCCAUUAAGGUAGAAUGUGGACCCUGGGCAGGUUUUGAACACCCAGAAUUCCAGGGACAGCAGUUCAUUCUGGAGAAGGGAGACUAUCCUCGCUGGGAUGCUUGGAGCGGGAACAGCGGCUACAGGACCGAGCAUCUUCUCUCAUUUCGUCCCAUUAAAUGUGCUAGCCACAGUGACAGUAAGAUCUCCCUGUAUGAAAACGAGAACUUCCAGGGCCGCAAGUUUGAACUUUGUGAUGACUACCCAUCCCUGCAGGCCAUGGGUUGGUGCAACAAAGAGGUUGCUUCCCUCAAGGUCCACUCUGGAGCUUGGGUUGGAUACCAGUACCCAGGAUACAGAGGCUACCAGUACAUCUUUGAGAGGGACCGCCACAAUGGAGAAUACAAGAACUACACUGAGUACAGUACCCAGGCACACACUAACCAGCUGCAGUCCAUCCGCAGAGUCCAGCACUAGACGGUGAAGCGGCCACCUAGCCUUUGGGUGAAUUACAGC